AUGAACGCUUUGCGGCAGAUCCUUGUCACCUGGCUGCUGAUCGUGAUCUGCUUCGUGGGUUAUCUUUGGAAGUCCUAUGGAGGCCUUGCAGCUUCAGCCAGCAGCCACCACCCUGCGCUCGAGCGCAUCGUCCACCUACUGGAGCGCCACAAAGCGGACGGUGACCAAGCGAUCACGUCGUUGACGGCACCGAGCACCGCGCGGGUCGCGGCGCCUUUGCCUCCGCCGGUGCCAGUCCCGCCGCUCCCGGCGACGAAGUCAGUAGCGCUGAUGGUGUGCGGCCUUGCAGGGUCCUUUGCUGGUGAGUCUUCUUUGGAGAAACAGGUGAUCCGGCCGUGGCAGCAGCUAAAGGCUUGGCAGCUGCAUGUCUUUGGAUGUUUCGAGCGCACGGUCCGGUCGAAGCUCAGGUUCACGGCGCUGUGGCCCUUCAAGGCCAAGUCUCAGUUCGAACGCCUGGGGCUUUGUGCCAAGAAGGUCUUGGACUUCGGGUCCGUGCACCAAGUGGAGUAUCAGUGGUUUGUUCGUUGGAGGCCAGACUUCGUGGUCUUUGACCAGGUGAGACAUCCUUCGACCUUGCCUUCGACCUGCAUCGGCUGCCGUUUUCGAACUGUGGCUGGAGUGAAGGUGACCAAAAACAUGAUGUCCUGGGAUCCAAGCUCGGCCAUCAUCAAACCCAAGAAGCCUGCGGAUGAGGCGCGCCGCUGCGCGGAUUGCGAUGAUCAAGUCUUCAUGAUUCCGAAAGACUUUGUGCAAGGAGCCUUGGUCAACUUGGCCAAUCCCGGAGCUGUCAGCAGCAUUUAUCGUUAUCAUUUGCAGUUGGGGAAGGGUGAGGCGCCCAUGACCAUGGCCUGGGAGAAUGGUGUUGAUCUCAAACAUCACCUCUGCGGCAUGGAGGUGCCAUCCCGUGCGUGA